AUCAGGAAUUUCCCUCCUGCCACUCCUGAGAGCGCAAGACAGGACAAAAGUUACGGAUUAAGCGCUUCUCCUCUGAGAGGAAAAAGCGAAAGGCAGCUAAUUUGCCGUCAUCUUUUGUCAAGGCUUUCAUCAAUCUGCACGUUUGUAGAUGCAUUGAGGACGUUAUUUUUUGGGGGGAAGUUUGUGUUUUUCACGAUGAGCCUGGACCCAUCAGCUUUGCAUGAUGGCCUCAUCUAGAAACUUUGACGGAAUAAGCGGCGCACUGCAGGAGAACAGCGUUUACCGAGAAUACUGUGAUUUGGCUUUAUGACUUUUUUUUUUCAGCUGCUCGGUUGGGAUUGCUGUCGCUGGUCACUUUUUCGCUGCUGAGUUUCUCGAUGGCGUAGGUGGUGGCGAGAGUUUUUAAAUCACCCCUUUUGGAAAGAAGGAUUUGAUACCUCUAAUGCAGAUACGUCUGGAUUAUGUGCGAAAAAGCAAAUCGGAGUGUUUAAAAUCCAGUGAGAGGUCUUCAUCAACACCUUUGGAGGAGGGAAAUGCGGAGUAAAAACGGCGUCUAGAAGGAUGCUGCUGCUUGUACAAUGGAAGUGAAGAACUCUUUUGCUGUUGUUGCGGUGGUUUGUCUCUUCUUUUGGUCCAGUUUCAGCCAAGAACUCAACCCUAAAGGCAAGAAUGUAUGCAAAGCGCCUGGAUCAUCAGGAUUUGUAUGCUGCAGUGGAUGGGGGCAGCUAGGGGAUGAAUGCCUGACACCUCUCUGUGAAGGCAACUUCACCUGCAAGGAAAAUGAGGUGUGUGUCAGGCCGAAUGAAUGUCGCUGUCGUCAUGGAUACUUUGGAGCUAGCUGUGACACUAAGUGCCCUGCCCAGUUCUGGGGCCCUGACUGCAAAGGGAAAUGCAACUGUUACCCCAAUGGCCAGUGUGAUGACUUGACCGGCGAGUGUACCUGCAACCACAAUCGUUGGGGACCUAACUGCGAGAAUGCUUGCUUAUGCCAAAAGGGCAAGUGUGACCAAGAGACAGGCAAAUGCACAUGUCAUCCUGGCGUCUGGGGUCCCCAGUGCAACAACAACUGCUACUGCAGCAUCAAUUCUGUUUGCGACGCAAUGACAGGGCGAUGCCUGUGCAAUCCUGGUUGGACUGGGAGGAACUGUGCAAUCCAAUGUAACUGUAACAAUUCACCAUGCGACCAGUUCACGGGACGCUGCCAGUGCCGGGAGAGGAUGUGGGGUCCGCGGUGUGAACGGUACUGCCAGUGCGUCCAUGGCAAGUGCAACCAGGUGGACGGCACAUGUACCUGCACACCAGGGUACCGUGGGAAGUUCUGCAGGGAGCCAUGUCCUGCCGGGUUCUAUGGUCAAAACUGCAGGAACAGGUGUGGGCACUGCAAGGGCCAGCAGCCCUGUAAGGUGACAGAGGGACGCUGCAUCACGUGUGACAGAGGCUGGAAUGGAACGCGGUGUGACCAGCUCUGCUCCAAAGGCUUCUUUGGCGAAAACUGCCAGGAAGUGUGUCCCACUUGCAAAGAUGGUCACCACUGCGACACGGUUCAUGGCAAGUGCUCUCACUGUAACCCUGGCUGGAUUGGGGACAGGUGUGAGGUACGCUGUCCCAAUGGCACAUAUGGUGAGAACUGUGAAAACAACUGCAGUCACUGUUUUAAUGGCAUCUGUCAUGUUGUCACCGGAGACUGCUUGUGUGACCCGGGGUUUUAUGGCACCUACUGCAAUAUGACCUGUCAGCCUGGCCAGUAUGGAGUGAACUGCAACCGAACCUGCUCUUGCCAUGACAAGAACUGUGAUCCUGUGUCUGGCGCUUGCUACCUACAGCCCAACCAGCGGAUGGGUGUGAUUGCGGCUGGAACUCUGGUCUCCUUUUUACUGAUUGUCCUGCUCUCGCUGCUGUGCUGCUGCUGCCUCUGUCGACACAAAGACGACCACAACAAAAAAGCCAAGCGUAUCCUGUGUGGACGAUUCAGCCGAAUCAGCACUAAACUUCCUCGUAUUCCACUGAGGCGACAGAAACUGCCCAAAGUAGUCGUAGCCCACCACGACCCAGAGAACACCUUCAACUGCAGCUUCAUCGAGCCCCCCUCAGUGGCCGAGCAGCCCUCCCCCUCCUCCUGGUCGUCCCAGGAGUCUUUCUCUUCCUUUGAGAGUGGAGACGAGGGGCCAGUUUACUGUGUGCCCCAUGAAGAAUCUGUGAAUGAAAGCAAAGAGAAGCACAGCCCCAGCCCAGCAACGGAGAAGCCAGAACCAGUCCUAAAUGAGGAUGAUGCAGGGGAGUACACCUCCCUGAAAGACACCAGUGUCACAAAGCCAGAAGGCAGUGAGCAGCCCCUGCUGAAAUCCUCUGACAGUGAAGGCUCCACCAGUGGCUCUGAAUCCACUACUGCAGCCCUCUACGCCCGCAUCGCCCGCCUCUCCAAGCAGUCCAAGGAGGAGGAUGGCAGCGGCAAGGAUGCGGAUGGCACUCCCACACCAGAAGCUAAGCGCAAUGGAAAGCCACCUCCUUCACCUGGUAAGCCCAAACCUCGGCCACCAGACCCAUCCACUAAGCCCAAGGUGUCGUGGAUACAUGGAAAUACUACAGGGUCUCCCCAGCUCGAGCAGCAGGGGCAGGGUGGAAUGAAGUCUCUUGCAGUGCCGAAGGAGAAAAAGAGGAGCUCCAGUGAUGGCUCAGCCAAGAGCGAGGAGCGGCAGAAAAUGAAGGAGAAGGGCCGUGAGCAACAGAAGAAACAGGAGGCAAAAGAAGCAGAAGUCAAUGGCUCCCCCAGCAAACACAAACCUCUGCGAGGUAAGAAGUCUGGGGAUGAGCACAGCAGUCCCAGUCACAUGGAGCACAUCAAUGGUGUGGUUCAGAAUGCCCUCAAGAAGAUAAGUAGCUUCCACAGCUCCUCAUCUGAGAAGAAGAGUGCUGACAGUCCAAAGGAGACCCCCAAGGAGCCACCCAAGAGCCCCAAGGUCAUCCACCCUCAUAUGAACUCUGAGGCUGCCACACUCCUCGCAGCUCAGCUUAAGGAGAAAACACAAAGCAUCAACAGGAACGAGGGAACAGGUCUGACAAAAACCAAUGGUCUCUCCACACCCAAGGGAAACCGUGAGAAGCCAACACCUCCACAGAAAGCCAAGAGGACCCCGUCCAGUGGAUUGAGCCAGCAGAGCUCCACCAAGCCCCUGCUGCCUACCUCGAGCAGCCUCCAGAAGAUGGUGGCACCCAUCACCUACGACCUCGGGACCCCUGAAGCCAAGAGCCCGGAGAAGCAGGACUUGAACGGCUCAAAGGCAGGGGACCCAAUGUUGGAUCCUACACCAAAGAAGACUCCCAUAAAAAAGCCACCGAGGAAGAAAGGCAAGGAGGGUACUUUGGAUACACCGGAAAGUAAAACACCCCAGCAAAAGACAGCCAUUAUGCCACCACAGGUAGUGAAAUAACUGUUUCUAAAGAAAAAUGGCCAAAGUUUGUGAUGGAUUUCGAAGAGACUAAAAUGGAUUUGCUCGUAUAGUUUUUCAAACGAGGAAUUUUAACAUUUUUCUGUGUGAGUGUGCUGUGACUCCAGGACCAGUCAAGAGUGAGAAAUACUUUUAAAUCAAGGGCACAGUUGAGUCGUAUCGGUGAGUUGUAUGAUAAUGACCUCUAUACACCAUGUUAUUUCAUUUCAAGAAUGCUUCUUCGUUUAACAACUAUGUAUCAAUCUCAAUCCACAACCUGUGGCUUAGCCGGACACAACUGUGACAGCAGUGGUGCACAGACAUAAUCCAUAGUACAUUCAUCUCUAUGCCUCUGCAAUAUGCCCACCACUAUAUUUAUAUAUGGAUUGCUUUUGAGGUAGCUUAACUGUAAUAUGCUAUGCAGUUGUUGGAAAAAUAGCUACUUUUUAUGUACGCUUCCCAAAAGGUACUGAAGGUACUAAAAAUAACAAGAAAAUUAGAUCCUCUAAGGAUUGCAAGCUAUUUUUUGUCUGUUUUGUUUGUUUCUCAUUUCUAAGGACCACCAUGCUCAAAUACAGCUCUAUACCUUAAGCCACCCUAAAUUAGAUAUAAGCCUCAUUCUUUAUGUCAUGGCUAUUCUUUGCAGAAGGGUCUACUAAAUUGUCAGUGACGAGCAACACUUUCACAGUUUUAGUGUGAUUUGUUGAAGAACUUUGUUUUCAACAAACAAAGCACCUUUUUAUUUUCCUCCUUUAUUUUGCCACCAGAGCAAGUUUCAGGUUGAUAUACCACAUUAUUCGGAAGCUUCUCUUUAAGUUUUAACCCUAACCCUUGCCACAUUUAGGACUUAAUUGUCUUCUUUGCUCGUGAGUCACCUUUAAUUCCUCGAUAAGCUUUAGCAUUGGUUUCAAGGUUCUUCUCUAAAGAAAUAUUACAUUUUUAGAUUUUAAGUCCUAGCUCUCUUUUGUCUGUCAGACAUGGUUUGCUGAAACCCAAACAAGCUCUUUGAUCUUUCUGCAAAAAGGGCUGUUUUAAACCUCUUUCAUACUUCUGCUAACACCAAAUCACCAGAAUGUGCUCUUACUGUAAGUUUUAUUCAGUCAGAUAAACCACUAAACCAAAAAUGAAAUCCCAGGCUAUCCUAUGUCCUCACUUAAUGUCACACUUAUAAAUCACUUUAAACUGACUUUUUCUGUGAUACAGCAACAUCUAUAGCUUUCCUAUGCAGUAUUUAAGGAAACAUGCUGCAGGAUGAUAUCCUCCCUGUAAAGCAGAUGCAGUAGUUGUGUUAAAGUAAUGGCUGUUAGUCUCAUUCUGUACAGAUCAGGCUACACAAGGAGAUUCUCCAUGUGUCUUUAUUUGCCCUUUCAGUUUAGUCAAGAAACUAGGUCAAUAAUGCCAUUUGAGCUGUUCUCAUUUCACAUUAAUUUGUUUAUGCCAUCGGGGUAUUGUGUGAAAAAAAUAAUCUUGACAAAAAUGUUUUGUCCCUUAAGGAUCAUGUUAUCUUAAGCUAGUAUAUGAAUGCUGAAGUAAUAGGGUGCUUUAAUUUCAUUGUUUUAGGGUAAGACUAUAAGGCUAAAUGGUACCGUGCCUCAAGUGUUAAAAUGUGCCUCAACUGUGGAUCAGUUUAAGCAAAAGAAGCUAUGUUUGCCUAAAUGCUGUUGCCAACUUUUAUGUCAACUAAAAUAAGUAAACCAAAAAAGGUGGUUGAGAGGGGUACUUAAACUGGACUAGCUUAGUUUGUCAGGAGGAAAAGCUUUUUAUUUCUGUUAUUGGUGGAUCGCUAUUUUGAAAGUAGCACUCAAAACUAGAGUUACGACCAGCAGAUGAUAGGUCUGUAUUGUAUGCGACAAGUUCAUGUGCCAUUGGCCUGUUUUGGGCGGAAGAAUAUUUUCAUUUACAGCUAAUUUGAAAAUUCGUCUUGGUUUUAUGCAUUUUUGUCAAGGUACAACACAUUUCUUUGGUUAUUUUUUCAACAUUUUCUACAUGUAUACAUUGUGUACUUUUUAUUAUCUUUGUAAGCUGUGCUUAUAUGACCUUUUUAAUUCUUCUGUUUUCCUUGGUGUCAAUGAACUGGCUUUCAUGUUGUAUUUGCUUUUUUUGGUAUGUUGCUUAUUUUUGGCUCUGAAGCAAACCUACAGUAUGAGUACUCUCCUCCUGUAAAGUUUACAUUGGCUUUGUAAUUGUUCUCUGUUGAUGUUAUUGUUUGUGUAACACUUAACUGCAUGACGCAGAGUUUAAUUAUAUGGCAUUAAUAGCUGCACAGGAUAAAUGUAAUCUUCUUGUUCCCUCCAGUUGUUAUUAUUGCCUCAAAAAAUAACUCAUACAGAAAGGAUUGUACAAUACUACUAUGAUACCACUGUUGAACCAAUUGCAUAUACAUAAAACCAUAACAUUGUGUAAUUAUGAAGUGGCAAUUUUUAUCUGACUGGCCCAUGCCUGUUUUUAUAGGCUUACAGUGCAUUUUUGUAAAGAAGGGCCUGAAAAGCUGCAAAAAUGUUACCAAAUGUAAGGUAUGUUUUGUCUUUUGUGGUUUGUUUUUAGCAACUUUGAUUUUCAUUUGUGUAUGGUCGUUAAAUUGGUGUUUCCUCAUUUACUUCUUUGGAAUAAAAAAGCAAUACAUGUA